UAGACCACCACCCACUUUAGAAGUCAGAAGCUGUCGAGUGAAAGAACGUGCUGAAAUAGACGCAUUUCAAAAGGCUUUAACAUGCGAGAAAUUGUGCACAUCCAGGCUGGCCAAUGCGGAAAUCAGAUUGGCGCAAAGUUUUGGGAAGUGAUUUCUGAGGAGCAUGGAGUAGAUCCAACUGGAUCUUACAGCGGGGACUCGCAAACACAACUCGACAAAAUUGACGUUUACUACAACGACGCCACAGGAGGGAAAUAUGUCCCUAGAGCGAUUCUCGUCGACUUGGAGCCCGGCACUAUGGAUUCUGUGCGUUCUGGAGUGUAUGGACAGCUUUUCCGACCUGACAAUUUCGUUUUCGGUCAAAGUGGCGCGGGAAACAACUGGGCCAAGGGUCAUUACACAGAGGGAGCCGAGCUAGUGGAAUCAGUUUUGGACGUGGUCCGUAAGGAGACUGAAAGCUGCGACUGCCUUCAGGGCUUUCAGCUGACUCACUCACUAGGAGGGGGAACUGGGUCGGGCAUGGGUACAUUGCUCAUAUCUAAGAUCCGCGAGGAGUACCCGGACAGGAUCAUGAACUCGUUCAGCGUUGUACCCUCUCCAAAGGUUUCGGACACAGUCGUGGAGCCUUAUAACGCUACACUGUCAGUGCAUCAACUCGUUGAAAACACCGAUGAAACUUACUGUAUCGAUAACGAGGCCCUGUAUGACAUCUGCUUUCGAACCCUCCGACUUGCCAAUCCUACAUACGGGGAUUUGAACCAUCUGGUGUCAGCAACAAUGAGCGGUGUAACAACGUGUCUGCGGUUUCCUGGACAGUUGAAUGCUGACCUGAGAAAGCUGGCGGUCAACAUGGUCCCAUUCCCCCGCCUUCAUUUCUUCAUGCCAGGGUUUGCACCGCUGACCAGUCGCGGUUCACAGCAGUACCGUGCCCUUACUGUACCGGAACUGACCCAGCAGAUGUUUGAUAGCAAGAACAUGAUGGCUGCUUGUGAUCCCAGGCAUGGCCGUUAUCUCACCGUAGCAGCAGUGUUCCGAGGCAAGAUGUCCAUGAAGGAAGUGGAUGAACAAAUGUUGAACGUCCAGAACAAGAACAGUUCAUACUUUGUUGAGUGGAUUCCGAACAACGUCAAGACUGCUGUUUGUGAUGUUCCUCCUCGCGGGCUCAAGAUGUCCUCCACGUUCAUUGGCAACAGUACUGCGAUCCAGGAGCUGUUUAAAAGAAUCGGAGAACAGUUCACUGCUAUGUUCAGGCGCAAAGCUUUCUUGCAUUGGUACACAGGAGAAGGGAUGGACGAGAUGGAAUUUACUGAGGCCGAGUCCAACAUGAAUGACCUUGUGUCUGAGUACCAGCAGUACCAGGACGCCACGGCCGAGGAGGAAGGAGAAUACGACGAGGACGAAGGCGACGACGAAGAGGAAGCCGAGUAAAUAUCGACUCCACAUCGAUUUGAGUAACGCUGACAUGCAAAAACUUCUUUAAGAUUUAAGCGGAAGAAAUCUCUUUAUAGCGCUUGCGAGUUCUGUUUGCUCGCACUCUAGCCUGUUUGUACACUGGCCUACAUGUAGUCGUACCCUCCCCUCCAAGAAGAACGUUUCUCCUUAGGGGGGGGGGUGCGGCUACACGUAGGCUAGUAGUAUUCUUGAUCUCACUUUUUUGACCCUUUAACUCCCAUCAGUGACCGGUGACCGCGACAGAAAUUCUCCUUAAAAUAUCAAUACAGUAUCAAGCAGACAAGUUAGUGAAAAUAAAGAAAAAUAUCAGUUAGGGGAUAAUGAGUUGAUCCAAUACCAAAUUCUCCAUACUAAAAUCACGAGAGCUGUAUGAAAAAAAGUAAGGAGAAUUACUGAUGAGAUCUUGGGAGUUAAAGGGUAAAUGCCUCAAUCAGUCUUUGAUAAAAAGAUUGUCUAUUGGUAUUGUUUUUAUUGAGGUUGUUGUUGCUAACAAUUCCCUAACUUAAACUUAACUUUAAAGCCCUAAUUUUAAUUGACAAAAUGACAAAUGGUGUCUUAAAGAUUUGUAGAAUCAGUGCUCAGCUCUAACAAUUGAUUUUUUAAAUUUCUUAAUUAAGAUGGGAAUCGUCUAAUAAAAUAGAAGAGACACUAAUUAGGAAUUUCGAUACGGGAAGUAAAUCUUCAAUUUAGAUCAACAAGCUAGGGUCUGAAUUUAUCAGAACUGACACGAAUAUGACUAUGAUCAUGAUUAUUUUUUGUGAGAUUUAAAUUAUCUCUUUGAUCGAAAAUAGCUUUCUCUUGACUUCUUGAAGAAAACAAGAUUA